GGAAGAUCUUUGUCAUUUAAGACCUUCCUCGUCUGGGUUUUAAUCAGUAUUUACCAAGGUGGAAUUCUGAUGUAUGGAGCCCUGCUGCUUUUUGAAUCUGAAUUCGUACACGUCGUUGCCAUUUCCUUCACUGCCCUCAUCUUGACUGAGCUCUUGAUGGUUGCACUGACCAUACGGACGUGGCACUGGUUAAUGGUGGUGGCUGAAUUCCUCAGUCUUGGCUGCUAUGUGGCCUCUCUUGCAUUUCUAAAUGAAUACUUUGGUAUAGGCAGAGUGUCUUUUGGAGCUUUCUUAGAUGUUGCCUUUAUCACAACUGUGACCUUCCUGUGGAAAGUGUCAGCAAUCACUGUUGUAAGCUGUCUUCCACUUUACAUUCUCAAGUACUUGAAGCGCAAAUUUUCUCCUCCAAGUUACUCCAAGCUUACCUCGUAAAAGUAAUUCUAUUCCUAUGGGUUUUCACUCACACCGGUCUGCAAACUGCACAUUCACUGUGCUUUAGUGUCUGUGGAUUUAUGUUGGACUAAAGAAAUCUAAAAAAAAAAAAAAAAUAAUUAAAAAUCAAAAGUGGUAAGAGUGAAUAGAGCACAAAAAGAGGAGAAAACAUCUGACUGGUACAAUAACACAGAAGUACACUAACAAGACUAUCAGAGAUAAACCAGAUUUCCUUCAUAUUGAUUUUUUUUUUUCUACUUUCAGUUGCUAUGAUUAUAAAAUAAAGCAAUUACCUUGAUUUGACAAUGCUUCUGAAUGGUUUCAUUGCUACUGUAAAGGAUUUUUUCCUACUGUACCAAUCUGCUGCAAGUUGAAUUGAAAGUUUCAUUAUUUAUUACAUAACUUCCCUUCUUUAAUUAUUACAUCACUGCCUAAUUCAAGCCCUUUCCUUUAAUGUUUAUAUAUGGAAA